ACACACACGAUGGCGUUGGCUCGGCGGAGGCAAUGCCAGGCGCUGGUCGCCACUCUCCUGAGCGCGCAAGCGCUCCAGGCGCCGACUGUCUCGAGGCCAAGGCGGCAUAUUAGCAUGAGCGCGGCCGCCGGCGUCGUCAAGGCGGCGCCCCAGGUCAUCACGAUUGAUCCGAUUGGCACGUUAGUCCGAAGAGCAGGACCGGAAGGCUUACUGUACCGAGACGCGCUACUCGCCGCGACGGGCCUCAUGCUCCCGCGACCCGACAUUUUUCAGGGCGUCUACGAGCAAGCCUACGCGGCCGCCGGGCCGCGCUUCGGCACGAAUUCCGAGGGCGCCGAGGCCUGGUGGAAGAAGGUCACCAAGGCGACGUAUGAUGGUGUGCUCACCGCCGAGCCGGUCGUCUACGACGCCGACGAGCUCGCUCUAUACGAAUCUGCCUUCGACGACAUCUUUAGGAGCUUACACGACGACCUCACCCUGAGUGAUGAGGCCUGGGUCGUCGACCCGGACGCGCCCCGAUUGUUGAGUGCCCUGAGGCAGUGGCGCGACUACGGCGGGCCCCGCAUAGUAGCGGCCACAGAUCAUUUUGAUGAUCGACUGGAGCAGCUCCUCGCCAAUUUAUUAGGCGGGGACUGCGUCGCCGCGACUUUUGAUCAUGUCGUGACGGGGACCGGGCAGGCCUCGUGCUUCGACAUCACAACCUCAACAAUGGAUGUCCAGGAUGCGGCCUGCAAGCACGUCGCCGUCGCCGACGACGGGCGCUGCCCCUACGACACGUUGGUGGUGGACCCGCGCGACUACGAGAACGAGCGUAGCGACGACGCGCGCGGGUCGCUCCUAGAUUUAUUGGACGACUGGGGUCUGGAGCGGGCCGAGGGCGACGACGUCGUGGUGACGUCGCGGACGUACUCCGUCUACGACGCGGAGUACCCGGGCUUCGACGGGGAGAACAUGGAGCAGGCGUGA